GGUUGCUGGGAGAGAGAAAGAAAAGAGUCAUGAGACAACCAGGCCCAGUGGCUUUUCAUUAGCUGGGUCCAGCUUGAAUGGGGUCAAGGCAGACUGGGAGAAGCAUGAGAUGGAUACAUGGGAAGAUGAUCCAGCUGACCAGCGAACUUGCCUCAUCUGUGGAGAUCGCGCCACAGGCCUGCACUAUGGCAUCAUCUCCUGCGAGGGCUGCAAGGGCUUCUUCAAGCGCAGCAUCUGCAACAAGCGCGUGUACCGCUGCAGCCGCGACAAGAACUGCGAGAUGUCGCGCAAGCAGCGCAACCGCUGCCAGUACUGUCGCCUGCUGAAGUGUCUGCAGAUGGGGAUGAACCGCAAAGCGAUCAGGGAGGACGGUAUGCCAGGAGGCAGGAACAAAAGCAUCGGGCCUGUUCAGAUCACAGAGGAGGAGAUAGAGCGGAUCAUGUCGGGGCAGGAGUUCAAGGAAGACGCCCCAGAGCACACCUGGGGCAACAACGGCGACAGUGACCACAGCUCUCCCAGCAACGGAGCCUCGGAGGGCAACCAGCCAUCUCCUGCCUCCACUCUGUCAUCCAAUCGCUCUGUGGAAAUGAACGGCUACACGGCGGCCCUCAGGGACCAGUACAUCAACACCUCCAUGUCCACACACUACCAGCUCCUGCCUCACCUCUUCAGCUACGCUGCCCAGUCCGGCCUGCUGGCUCCCCAGCCCCGCAGCCUCUACCCACAGUCCCACCCACUGGUGCUGCAGCUGGUGGCUGCCGAGGACCUGGCACCCCUGGCCACACCCAUGCUCAUAGAAGAUGGGUACAAAGUGACACAGGUGGAGCUGUUUGCUCUGCUGUGUCGCCUGGCAGACGAGCUUCUAUUCCGUCAGAUCUCCUGGAUCAAGAAGCUGCCGUUCUUCUGCGAGCUCUCCAUAGAAGACUACACCUGCCUGCUCAGCUCCACCUGGCAGGAGCUCAUCCUGCUCUCCUGCCUCACCAUCUACAGUGCCCAGAUAUUCGGAGACCUGGCCGACGUCACCGCCAAGUACACACCGUCUGACGACGAGCUGCAGGGCUUCAGCGAGGACGGGAUGGAAGUCAUGGAGAGGUUGAUAUAUCUGUUCCGCAAGUUCCACCAGUUGAAGAUCAGUAAUGAGGAGUACGCCUGUAUGAAAGCCAUCAACUUCCUCAAUCAAGAUAUCAGAGGCCUGUCCAACACCUCCCAGCUUGAGCAGCUGAACAAGCGCUACUGGUAUGUGUGUCAGGACUACACUGAGUACAAGUACCCCCACCAGCCCAAACGCUUCCCUGAGAUCCUGAUGUGUCUACCGGAGAUCCGCUGCAUCGCAGGGAAGCUGGUGAAUGUCCCUCUGGAGCAGCUCCCCCUCCUGUUCAAAGCAGUCUUGCACUCCUGCAAAUCUAGCCUGGCCAGCUACAGGACCGGCCCGUUGCCCUGCGUGACCACCUCCGCCGGAAACUAGACCCCACCCUCGACCCCCCGAGUUGAGGGAUUGGUCUCCCCUCUUGUGAAUGUGACAAGCAGCUAGUUUGUUUUUUGUAACUUUUUUCCUUUAUAUAUUUAUUACAUGACAGAGCUGAAUGUAUGCUGAUUUACACUGUGCACAUGCUUCUGUACAAAACAAAUGCUCGUAGAUGCAUUGGUCUUUGGAGUUUACAAGUGUGUAUCCAGUUUGCUCAAUGUGUCAGUGUUGCCAUUGUUAGAGCUAGACUUUAAAAGAGUUUAUUUUAUUCAGACGGGGGCGGAAAGACACGUGAUGAGUGUUGUGAGACUACCUCAGGAAGAUGUUAUGAUGUUAUGUAUUUUCAGGUACCUUUGUGCUGUUAAAUGAAGAGUGGCCCAGUCUAAAACCAAAUCCCUGUGGAUGCUUCGGCACCUCAAUCAGAGACUGAAUGUUCAGAAAGGAGCUGAAUAAAUCAAAGAUAAGAAACAGUGUUGUGUUACACUGAAAAUGCAAAGUUAGUAUUUUAUCUGCAUGGACUCUCAGACAUCCUGCUAAAGGGAGGUGGUCUUGUCAAUUUAACACAUUCCAUGAGCUUAGGUGACAGGUGUUGGAUCUUCAUUGAAAAAGGAGCAUACGGGUAUUUUUUUUACAAUCAUAGACUGGGGAUGUGAGGCUUUAUGGCAGGGGAAGAAGAGGACCCUGGUUUGCUGUUUUUAGUUUUAUUGUUUUCCUUUUUUGACCAAAGUGUUAUGCAAUGCUUUUUUCAAACACCCAUUGAUGGGUAGGGAGCUGAUAGCUUCACAAAAAAAUGAUUUCUUAUCAAUGAAGGAUCAGGAUAAGAAAUGAAUCAAUCUGUGUGUGGGGGGGGGGACCCUCUGCUGGACAGAUGAGUAUGUUGCUGGAUUUCAUUCUAAAUGCUGCUAAACAUGCGCACAUUCUUAUGCACACACAUUAGCAUUGAGCUGACGUGAUUCCCAGUCUUUGCUUUUGCCGCCACUUCUUGCCAGACGUCUUUUGGGCUCUGCUGCCUUCAGGGACGGGAACUUCUCUUCAAGUUCUCAUCAAUACAUCACCUGAGUUUAAGGUCCACAAUACUGAUGUUUGGUUAAGGUAGUGCUCGGUAUAAAGUCGACUUCUUUAGUUCAUUCAGAACAAACCAAAAAUCAUGAAACCUAAUUCUGAUUAAGAGACUUUUAUGGGUCAGUGAACGUAUCAUUGACCCAGGAGAACCAAAGUGGAACGGAUCCUGAUCUGAACCCAGGUCAUAAAUAGUGGUUUACAGUCAGUGUUCAUUACCUCCGGUUCAUAUGAAGCUGGCGUAGAGCGCUAGCUUCUGUUAGCUUCUGUUAGCUUCUGUUAGCUUCUGUUAGCUCAAACCAGCUGGUCUGUUCAAAUGUUCCACUUUUACAGGAACUUAGACUGUGUUCAGGUCUCUUCAGGUCCAAUCAAAAUUUUGCACAGACCAAAGACCAGUGGCAGUUUUAAGUCCGACCUGACCCCGAUUUAAGGGGCACUACAAAGUGUGGACCCAAGACCUGGUUCAGGUUCAGUGGGUAAUGUUGGCUCAGACAUAAACAAACGGAUUAUCACUUUAACCUGGACACAAGUGGAUUCAGUGUGAUCCAUCUGGACCAUGUCUCUGUGGAUUCAGCCUGGGUUUAGAGAAUUUAGGUGACUGACCUCUGGCUUUUGUACCCUCUGUGACAGAUAUGCACAUUGUUUAAAAGAAGCCAUAGAAAAUGGUCUUUAUUUUUGAAAUAUGAGAUGAUCAUUUCAAACAGCUUGAAGCGUCUUUGUGGAUCCUUCAGGUUUUUUGCCGUUUCAUUACGUAUGAACAAUUUUGAAAUGCAGACAAAAUGCAGUCCUCGCAACGACUCUCUUUUUUGCACACAAUGGUGAGGUUCAGAGACCUUGACCCUUGACCUCGGCCACUGCCCACCCAGUGUGUUCCUCUCUCUCAGGUCCCUGCCGACCUGGAUCUAAACAGGGUAAAGUGAGUAUUAAAUGUUUUGCAUUCAGGAGUUCCUCAGUGACCAUGCUGAUGUACUUGUAGUAUUAGUAGACGUAGGUUCCAGGACAUUGUAGGUCCUCUGUAGAAAAAAGUGUUUUCCUUUUCCACUUUAUUCCACCCCCCCACCCCCACCCCAAUUCAGUGAAAGUGGAUGUAGUUUGAAGGUGAGACAUGCAGUGUGGAUUUUUCUCUUGGCAUUGAUGAUGGAUGGAUGUUUCUAUCCACCUCUCUGUGGGCAGCCUUAACACCACCACCAGUCCAAUGCAGUGUUCCUCUUUCACAUGUUUCAGUUAGUCUCUUUUCAUUUGAUUUUUAUACAUUUUCAUGUACCUUUGUAGUUAUUGUGAAUCUUUUGGGUUUUUGUUGUUUUUUUGAAGACAGCCCCUCAUUUUCUAAAAUUUUGAAUGAAUUCUUGACUUUUUUUUUUUUUGGAUGUGAUUAUUAACAACUCAUUCCUUGUCCACAGUGGUUUAUGAAAAAAAACUAUUACUCAGGCAAUGUCAGCCACGUUUUAUAUGGACAAUACUGACGUCUUUCAUGUAUUUUUCUUUGAGACAUUUUACAAUGCAAAUGUGAUGUUUCGGAGCCAUUGUUGGUUCCAGACUUUAAUGAAACUACACUCAUUUUCUACCAGCAGUGUUCUGAGAGCAGCUGAGUCAGCUGCGUGGAGAACGUCUUCUCUCUCAAUAUACUCAAAUGUACAUCAUCUAUCACACAGGCUUCUGAGGUUAAAGAGUCUUUUCAUCUAAAUUACAGGAAAAUGUUUUCUCGCUCACCUCCGGUGGUUAUGUCGCCAUGAAGACAGUUUUGGUUUGAAGUUUUGAGAUUUCCGUUUUCACCUCGAUAAAAUGGACAUAGAUUUCUUAGGGACUAUGUCUUUGCCAGAAAGUAGUUCAAUGACAAACUAAAUUCCAUCUGUCAUCAGUGUGUUCAGCGAGUAUCAAGGAUGUUGUUUCUCAAAGGUUUUUGUUGAUUUUCUUUUUGUUUGAAAUUUUUUUUCAAUAAUCUGAGCAAAUAAAACGGAAAGUAUCUGCAGGGCUGUAGAGCGAGUGAGAAAAUGUGUUUGUGUAAUGUUGGUGAUGUGACCCUUUAAUCCACACGUUCUCAGGGAUAGAUGCUUCUAUGUAACACAGAUCUGAGUGAUGUGAUGAAUCAUGUUAAAGGAAAAAUCCCCUUUAAAUAAUCCGCUAAGAAACCACUACACUGGAGUUUAAUGAUAGAGAUGUCAAAUAUAUGAAAUAAAAAUGUCAGCUUCUUUUUUCUAGAGCUGAUAUGUAGCGCUGAUGUUCAGCAGGGCAGCCUCUCUGUACACAGACAGUCUGGGCAGUGUAGGAUACUGCUGAGGUUCAGGGUGGCCAACAACAAAUAUCUCAGAGUAACUCCAGGAAUGCACUGAACAUCACAGACGGCUGAGAUCUGACGGUGGAAGAGGAUCUGAAGUGGGAUUUUUUCUUUAAUGUCACAGCAGCAUACACUGAUCAUUAUUAUAUAUUUUUAAAAACCUCACCAUAGCUACCUUACUGCCACUGCUCUGACUUCGUAACGGGCAUAUUUUGACACACGUACUGAAAAAAGUGUUCUUUUUUUUAUUUUCUGUAUUUGUAUUUUUUGCAGACAAGGGAUGUCAUUUGCAAUUUCUGUACUGAAACUACCUCUUUAUUUGUCAUCAUGUUACUUUCAAAUAGGUGAUUUUUUUGUCUUAUUUAUUGGUUUCAUUGCACCAAUGUUCUGUUAUUUUGUGUCUCUUAUUUCACUCAGUGACCUCUCAGCUUUAGAAACAAGUGCUGAUACAUGUUUCCCUCCUCUUUUCUUUAAUGCGUGAACAUGUUGCCUCAUAUUCCUCUGUACCUCUGUAUGACGGUGUCAGCGAACUGAAGAAGCAUUCAUGUGACGCGCUCUUACUGCAGUGCUUUAUUUUCCUGUGCUGACCUUUGUGAAGUCCGUCUGUUAUCUUGUGAAUGGCUGUUUGUUUUGUACGCCGUAUUCACCACAUCAUGAUACGACUGUGUGUGUUUUUUCUGUUGUUGUUGAGAUGGUUCAAGGUGACGUGUAGCGGUGACAUCAGACUGCUAUCAUAUCUGUCGAUGCUGCUCGUGAUCGAUUAUCAAUCAGAGAAUGUAGCUGUGGUCGGACUGACUUCUCCUGCUUUCACUUGCUGUUGUGACCCUGACGCUGUGGCAUGAGACCACAGACACACUCAGUGCAGUGUUAUCACCGGGGGUUGGACUCAUUUGGGUUUUGAAUAGAAACUGCCUCAUUUAACUGAUACCAACGUCAUUCCUCUCACGUAUGAUGCAUUUAGCUCGCAGAGAUCUGAGGAUACACAUCAACAGUUCAACCAGUUCAUCACUUUAAACCUCAACUAGAUCCUGCAGAACUACUGGCAGAAUGACUGGCCUAUCAUACUAACUGCAUGUUCAGAUUUUUAAUAAACAAAACAUAGUUUUAAACUUGGGAUAUAUUUCACGGGUUGGUCAUCAGACUGCUUUCCUUUCCUUGCUUACCUUUCCAGAAGAUGUCACUAUAACCAGGAGGAACCACGAUCCCUCUCCUGCAGGAGGCACUCUCUAAGCCCCAGUACAGGUGAACAGACAUGAGUCCAACCCUGGUGCUGUUACACUGUGAGAAGCCUGUUGUACAGGAGCACAAGAUGAGAAGAGAAAAAGAAUGUCAACAUACCUCAGGGAAGAAAUAGAUUUUACACACUGUCAUCAUCUGUGAUCAGACAAUGGAAACGCCUUCAUGUUUUUCUCUUCAGAAAUCUCUUGUCUGCUCUUGUUACUUUAACUACCUGUGAAGAAUGUGAUCCAUUACGUGUUAAAAGCAUGUUUAGAAUGUGUUAGGACUUGAAACCAAAUAAAUGUGAACAUUAUGCAAGUGUA